AUGGGCGACGCUCGGGACCGCGACCAGCUCCUCGACGCACUGGCCGAGGCCACCGCCUUCUUCGCGUCCGAAGGACGGGCGCGCAUGGCUUUGCGGCGGCCAUCCCCAGAGCGCAGCCGCGUUCUGCAGUGGCUCCUCGCCCUCCGCGCGACCGAGCGCGCGGCCGUGUUCACGGUCGUCGACGCUGCCUUUGUCCGCCUCGUGAUCGAAAUGAAGGCGGCCGCCAAGUCCAAGCUUAAGGCGCGCGUUGACCAGUUCCACGUGCUUCGCCCACUCAAGGCCAAGGAGGCUUCCCGCGCUACGUUUAGCCGGCGCCCAUUGUUGCGUACGCGCGACGGCGACGACCUCACAUUGCCCUACUCGGCGCCGUACGACGAGGCGGCCACCGAGCUCGUGGCGAGCUUGCGCAUCUUCAACGGCACCAAGUCCUGCGACACGAUCUCGCCGUCGACAACGGUCGUGGAGGACGUCGAUCGAUUCGUGCGCCUCAUGGACGUGCUCAUGAAGGGUCAUUUCUUGGCCAAAGAGCCGUCCGAGGCGACGCUCAAGACGCUGCCGUGGGCCGAGCAGCCGUGGCUUGCCGACCUCGGGUACUACUCGUUGGCGACGUACGUGGCGCACCAAAUGGAGCUUCAGAUGUGGCGUCAUUUCAAGGCCCAGUCGGUGCCGUCGAUCGGGCUCUACGCCAAGCGGCAUCUCGUUGCGCAGUGGGUCGCCACCGACGCUAGCACACAGGCAACCGUGCUUCUCGGUGUGCAGCAGGAGACGCAAACGUUCUUACUCGACUUUGGCGGGCGCUCGUGGCCAGCGCUGCGGGCGUCGCUGAGUCUCGUGACUGAGAUCAUGCAGCCAGCACCGUCACCCGUCGCCACGCCCGAAGCCAUCUUCAGCUGCGGACUCGCCGAGGCCGGCGCUCGACCGCAGUUUGCACUCAUCAAGAUGCUCUGGGCCGAGCACUUGCAGACUGCGUGCACUGGGCUCCUCGAAGCGUCGUUAGUGCCUGCGUUACUGGCACCAACCUCAGCACCAACAAGCAAUAGUCUCUCGGCCAAGCAGCGGAAACGCAAGGAACACAAGCGCCAGGCCAAAGAGAAGAAGCGGGAGAAGGAACUGCACGCGUUGAGCCUGGGUCUUGUCCAUGCCGAGAUGCGCCGGCAGUUCAAGCAGGCCCAGCGCGACAAGGCCGUUGUCAAGCUCGUGCUCGACGACUUGGUUGAGCGCGUCGUUGCGCUCGCUCCCAUACCGCCAAAGCCAAAGCGAACGAAGAAGAAGAAGAAAAAGAUGGUCGCGAUACCCCCAGUGCUGCACAGUGGCGACGAGCGCAUGCCGGGCUUUCUGCUUUUGAAUCUGGACCAAGAGCCCGUGACGCCGCCCCGGCGCCGGCGCGUCUCGGUCGACACGAACCCGGGCUUUGACACACCUCUGGACAUUUCGACCUUUUUGACGCCGCAAAAGCCGAGCAUGCGCUACCAACACUACUUUAUCGAAGACGAAGACGAGUCGAAUGACUUUGGAGACGCGUUCGCAGCGCCGUUCUCGCUGCCGUCGCCGACGCCCGAUGCGACCUUUUACUUUCCGGGCCCGACCGACGACCCGGCGUGCGAGUGGUACCUUCCGUCGUCCGUGCUCUCGCAGUCCUCUGGCAGCCGCGAAGAGUGGAGUGCGUUCGGGUGGCGGCCGGACGACGAUACAUAUCCGAAAGACCGCACCGUGUGGCGCGCCGACGUACCUGCCCCAAAGUGCCACGUCGACGCCAGCACGUCCCCAACGACGACGACGACGGUGCCCGACGAGCAGGCAACGCGCGUGGAGGCGCUGCAGCGGCAGUGCGACGAGUACGCGAGCAGCGUGGCCACGCUGACGACCGAGAUGGCGGCGCUGCAAACCACGGUGGCCGAGCUGCAGUCGACCUUGUUUCGCGUCCAGGCCGAGCUCACGCAGUGGAAGCAAGAACAGUCGACUGCUCUACCGCCGCCCAUCGUCACGACACCCGAGCCGGCGCCGGUGCUGACGCCCUUUGUGUCGGUGCCGCUCUCGCUCCUCCCGCCCCGCAGCAAGCUGCACUGGGACAUUUGCGAAUUUGUAUCGCAACUGCAAGCUGAGACACAGCACCGCCUCGCCGCCCACACGGCCGUGAGUCGCUUCUGCGUCUCGGCCGUCCAAGCGCUCUGGCCCCGCGCGCAGGUGCGGCCGUACGGGUCCUUUGUCACGGGCCUCUCGCUGCCGUCCAGCGAUCUCGACUUGGUCAUUUGCUUGCCGAAAGUCCGGCGCGACGAGCCGGCCGAGGCCCCCGGCGUCCUCGAAGGUCGCAACGCGAUCAAGGAGACAUGGCAGCAGCACCUUGCGCGCAAGCUGCGCACCGAGCCGUGGGUCGUGCCCGAGUCGGUCAAGACGAUCCCGAACGCGUCAAUCCCGAUCAUUACGCUGCUGACGACGUCGCCGUACAACGUCCGACUCGACAUUUCGUUUGAAGGGCCGGGGCACAACGGGCUAUCGACCAACGACCUCGUACACUCGUUCGUGCACGAGCUGCCCGCGCUGACGCCGCUCAUGGUCGUGCUCAAGACGUUCAUCAUUGAGCGCGGACUGGGCGUCGCGUACACGGGCGGCCUCUCGUCCUACGCGCUGCUGCUGCUCGUCACGCGCUUCCUGCAAGAAUUUGCCGGCGGCAACGGCUUUGACGCGACUGUCGCGACGCAGUGCAACCAGUCGGUCUCGUCGCAGAGCGCGUCGGACUUUGGCACGAUGCUGUUGGGCUUUAUGGACUUCUACGGCAACAAGCUGGACCCGCGCGCGACCGGCAUCAGCGUCGCGACGCGGUCGUUCUUGAGCCGCGAACACCACCAGUAUGGCCCGGUCGCGGCCGGCUGGCACGCGGUUCAGAUGGAUCAAUUUGAGAAUCUCAACUUGUCGUCGCCCGGGUCGCGCCGCCAGCACCUUCACCACCGCGACAACUGGGCGACGUACGACUACGAUCCACACAAGUUUGAUCCCGUGUACAUUGAAGACCCGCUUCGACCUGCCAACAACGUCGGCCGCAACUGCUUUCGCAUCAUGCAGAUCCGCCGCGCGCUCUCGACUGCGUUUGUGACGCUGACCGAGCCGACGCCGCUGCCGUCGUCGCCGUACGUUGGCGGCGUCGCACUGCACCCGACCAACCUCCUCCGCAGCAUUCUCUCGUGCACGCAUGAGCCCAAGUGGAAGGGCUUCACGUACCCCGUGGUUCUCGAGGCCACAGCGCUGGCGUCGCCCGUGCGCCACACGCCGCGCGAACGCACGGUGACGUCGGCCUCCAAGAGCAAGGACAAGCACAAGCCCAAGCGCCGCCACAGCGCGUGCGUCAACGACCUCCUCACCAAGCCCGUGCUGGACGACGGCGCGGUCGCGUACUCGUCGCUGUCGCCGUCGCGGUCGCUGAGCUUUGCCGACGUCGUGAUUGGCAAGUCGACCGAGACGCCGCCCGGCGCGACCCGUGACGACGACGACGAGGGCUAG